CUCAAAACCUUAUUGGUGUGAGAAAGGGAGAGAUUCCUCACCUUCUGACAUCUUUGUCAUUCUUAAUUCAUUCAUCUCAUUCACCCAUUCCUCCUCCCCCACCCUCCUACCGGCUCUUGCCCAACCUCCUUUUCUCCUCCACUGCACAGCGCCGCACCGCAAAAUGGCCCUGCGUCGCGUGCCCACUUAUGAAAACACGCUGGCCAACGACCGCCCUGACGAUUCAACACAACUCGAGUCCUUCCCGCCAUUAUACAUCACCCGAUCCAAUGUCCUUGAUACACCCCCGCUCACCCUAGAGUCCUUGCCCUCAGAUCAUCUUGAGAAGCUCAAAGAAGACCAGACAACGAAGCGGUGGUGGAUCCUCUUGUUCGCCUGUCUACUCCUCUUUGGCAAUUGCUUCGCAUACGACAAUCCGGCCGCGCUCAACACGCAGUUACAGAAAUAUCUGGGUAUGCCAUACAACGACUACCAGUACCUCCUCUCGACCCUCUACAGUGUCUAUUCGUUGCCCAACACAGUUCUGCCUUUCUUAUUUGGUUCGCUGGUCGACAGGUUCGGGCCCCAAAGGGUCCUCGUAGCACUCAGUGCCUGUGUCUGCAUUGGCCAGGCCAUAUUUUCGAUCGGCGUGCAGACUCGUCAGAUCUGGAUGAUGCUGGUCGGACGUGCCAUCUUUGGGAUCGGAGGCGAGAGUUGCGGUGUCGCGCAAGCGAGCAUCACAACCACACAAUUCAGAGGACAGGAAUUGGCCUUUGCACUAGGACUGAACCUUUGCAUGGCUAGAUUCGGCUCCGUUGUGAAUGCGAUCGUUACUCCGUGGGUGGAACAGGAGUGGGGUGUCCCCACAGCAGUCUGGAUCGGGACCCUGAGCUGUGUGGCCUCGUUUCUUUCGGCAAUCACUCUCGUCUCGAUAAUCAGCGAGUCCGGGACACCUGCGUCGUACUCAAAAGAGGACCUAGAGGAUACACGUUUACUUUCAAGCGCCUCUAGGACAAUCGGCGCUAAUGAUGCGAGCAAUGGACCCUAUUUUAAUGCCUCGUCCUCCCACGAUAAUGACUUGGCAUUCUCGUCUUCCCACUUGCGCUCUCCAACCCAGUCCUCCAUACUUCAGCACCUGUCAGGAGUCUUGCGCCAGGAUUCCAACUUCUCAGAAUCCAUUCACAGUAUCCGAUUCACACCUGGGCUCAGGAAAUCCGGCAAACGACCGUCGCUUUAUAUCAUAACGGAUCAGACGAAAAAGAAGGAGUCAUGGUGGGAACAAUGGUUGAGUGAUCUCAAAUUCUUUCCAUCAACCUUCUGGCUGAUCUGCGUGCUCACAGUGCUGCUCUACGGAACCGUAGUCCCAUUCAACAAUAUUGCAAGCGACUUUUUGCAGUCCAAAUGGUAUCACGGUAAACCACGGAAGGCGGCUGCGGUCAUGGGCAUUCCUGACACCAUUGGUGCUAUCUUGGUGCCAGGAUUUGGAUUGAUCGUGGAUCGCUAUGGCAGGCGUGCGAGCAUCUUGAUUGCCUCGGCGUUCGUCAUGGUGAUUGUGCAUACCACAUUGGGGUUCACGAUGUUGAACCCGAUUAUCGGGUUCUCGUGCUUGGGUGUUGCCUACACAAUGUAUGGCGUGGCUCUUUGGCCUUCCAUCGCCUGUGUGGUGACGAGCGAGCUUCAUUUGGGAAAAGGAUACGGGAUCAGCACCAGUUUCCUCAAUAUUUCAUUGACAGUCAUUCCGCCGAUUGUGGCCAUGAUUCGCGUGGUGGGCAAUAGCUUUGUACCGGUCGAGAUGCUCUUUAUCUCCAUGGGCCUUUGCGGCAUCGUUGUGGCAUUCGUGCUCAAGAGUAUCGAUCAUCGGGAUGGUGGUGCGUUGGAGCAGCCAGAGAUCGAGGUGGAUGUGCCGGUCAUUGUUCCACAGUCAACAGUCUCUACUCCGGCCGCAACACUGGAAUCCCCAGCAACUUCUCACAGGCGAUCCCCGUACAUGAAAAAGAAGAGGCGGCCUGCCUUGAAUGUUCUUCAGAUGCCGGCAUCUGCAUCAGAAUCGGACUGGUCACCAAGACGGAGGCGAGGAGAAGAAACCCAUGGCGUAAACGUUGCAGCGGGAGAAGGAUCACCAUUGUUGCAGAAGAAAACGGGGGAAGAAGACGAGCACAUAAACAACGGUAGACAAGGGAAUUCGUCUACUCUUGACGCAUCCCCUGCGCAGCAUAAUCUUCCCACAUCAACAGUCAUGUCGCCAACCACGGCGCGGAAUAAUCGACCUCAGAAGCGGUUUAGCCGACCAUUGUUGCAUAAGGCGUUGACAAGGCUUGGAGGUCCGCUAUCACAUCAAUAUCCCUCUAGCCCUCUUUAUGGAUCUGUUUCCUCAUCGCCGUUGGCCUUCGGUGCAGCGGACAGGCGAUGGGACAUUGAAGGAGGAGGCAGCAGGACCGUGUCAGGCAUGGAGGGCUACGGUAUGAGCCAGCAUCCAAUUCUUUAUAUCCCUCUGCGUGGAAGCUCAAGUAGCUUCCGAAUCCGUCGAAAUCCUCGGCCGGUCGCCUUUGGAGAAGGGGAAGAGGGUCGCAUCUACUGGAAUGGCCAGGUGGUGGAAUCAGACCACGGCGAUGAUGAUGAACCUGAUACGGGCUUGGAGCGAGAGACCGAGCCAUCCACGGCUGGGGGAGAUAAGGGCGCAGCUCCCUUGAGCCUGAAUAAUGCAGGGCGCAAUAACCAUUAG